AUGUGUGAUCUUUCUAUGCCCAAGUUUCAUUCGACGGAAUCAUCCGAAAGCGAAGAUGUCAGUGAUACUACUACACGCGCAUCGACCGCGGAAUCGAGUAGCCAGCCGGGGCCAAAGGCUAUGUUUAAUGAGAUGGAAAGCGCCAUGAUCAACAUCAUCAUCGAGGAAGCCACGUACAAGCUGGUUGUGAUCAAUCGUGACGGCGAUAAAACGAGCGCACCGAUCGUUCGCAAGCCACCGAUGCACGUGCGGUUCGAUCCGUCGUACAAAAACCAGCUACUCAGCGAGAACAUGGUCGUCGAUGUAGCGAUAGGGAGGAUGAUUUUAGUGAAACUGCACAACGAUAUAUCCAAUUUGCGUAAACUGUUGUCCGACACGCACUCGGAAAUGGCCGAGUUCGGUACCUUCGAGACGCUGCAGACGUUCAUGGACAACGAUAUACAGAGCGAGCAGGAAGAGGUUGUACUGAUUCGGGACAGCAUUUUGAACGAUAAGAAGCUGAAAACGCUACAGACGCAGCUGGAAGGCGUGAAUCGGGAGUGCAAAAAUGUGCUCAAACACCUGGACGACGAAAUUUUCGACUUGGAAGCGAAAGUGAAAGAUGCCCGAAUCGAGAACGAGGUGAAGACUAAACUGGUCCACCAGUGGGAACGCACGCGGCACGAACAGGCGCGCAUCAUUAUACAGGGCAAGGAGAGUGAGCUGGUUACGUGCGCGAAGCAGACGAAGGAUAACAUCGACCGGGAGCUGCGGUUGAAGAGUGAAAUUGAUGUUUACAUAAAUUAUUGCAUCGAUCAGAUCAGCGACAAGAUAGCGUUCUGGGCCGACAAGUAUCAGCGCGAGAUCAGAGCCCUCGAUGUGCAGAUCGCCGAGCACAAAGAUAAGAUUGUCAACUUGAAAGUCCAGUUCGAGGAGAUGACCAUUCUGUUCAAGCACCGCGAAAAAGACCUGAAGAUUUGCGCGGAGUUUAUGAAAGAACGUGAGCAGCAACUGGCGCUGGCCAACAAGCAGCUACGGUCGGCCAUCAAAAUACAGGCUUGGUGGAGGGGCACGAUGGUUCGGAAAGGAUUGGGCCAGUUUAAGCGCAAGAAGAAGCAGAAGCCCCAGAAGGCACCGAAAAAGGGCAAGAAAGGAAAGUAA